UGUGCAAUUUAUUACCUCGUACGUUAUAUAUUAUACAAUAUUACGUACCCGCUCUUCGAAUCCGUGGUCUCCCCGUCAUUUUAUGAAUGGUCCCAAAAUCGCGGGCGUUCCUGGCUCUCCGGGUAAAACAGAUAAUAUCGUUAUCUACCGUCGGUAUCUAAUCUCGAGAGCUGGGUAAGUGUUUCGACGCGUCUCCGGAAGAUGGCGCGACACGAUGAUUCCGUCUCCCGCCCCAACCCAAGCGAUGUCGUCUUCCCCCUCCCUCGAGAGUCCCCUCUCGAGCUCAUCAAAUAUUUAUAUAAUUUGCAAUUGAAAUUGAAACGUGCCUACAUCCACCGUUAUACGCCUCAUCGCCUCGUCGCUCCAAACGAUGACGAAUUUGGUGCGGUUCUCGUCAGCGUCAUUAUACAUCUCGUACGUUCGUCUCCCGGGUCGCCCUCGAUAUUAUGGUGAAAUGGCAUAGCCGCGCUGACGUGCGAGUAGACGCGGUCGGCGAUUACGCACUCGUCGGAAGACGGACCUCCUCCUGUCAUGUCGUUUUGGCUAUGUCGCAUUUGAUAAUCGAAGGAUGGGUUGCGUUAAUAGUAGGACGAACGUUUUCCAAGUGAUGAACGUGAAUGACAAUGGAAAAUCCAUUGCUCGUGGACGUUUGGAGAUCACCGAGAUAAAUAUUAUAUUUCAUCAGGAUGGCAAACCGGCCACCACGUGGCCACUUCGCUGUUUACGGCGAUACGGGUUUGACUCUGAGCUAUUUAGUUUUGAAUCUGGCAGACGUUGCGAUACAGGCGAAGGCAUAUAUGCUUUCAAAUGUAGGAAAGCAAGAGAUUUAUUUAAUCUCGUCCAAACCAAAGUUCAGGUAUCCAAAAAUGGAGAGGAUGCGCUGUCGAGAGACCUCUCAGUUGCGCCGCAUCCAACAGUGCCAAGAGUGGUAGAGCCUAACUACUUAGAUCCAAUAUCUAAUAGAAGUAUCAUGGAUUCUAGAAUUAGCCAGCCAAACGGUAUUGGAAGAUUGAGCAGCGUCGGAAGCAGUAGCGGUCCUAUAUCACCCCAGGGAACUGCGGGAUCACCCUCGCCACCUCCUAUGCUGCCGCCUCCGCCACCGAUAUCUCAGCCUCUUCUGUCCUCUUACGUCAAUGAAGAAGUCUUGUCACCUGACCUCACUGAACACAACAAUAAUAAGAAUCUUGGAAGAGCAAUACAAAGAUCACCACAAACUAUUGCAGUUGAGAACGCGAUAAAAAAUGGACUCGCAGAAACAGAAUUGAUACCCGUUCAGCCUAGUGCAGAAAUUAAUUGUGAUCCAGCAUCGCCGUUACCGAUUAAUCCUUACAUGAAUAUCGUCCUUACAGACAGCGAAACAGUUUGCAAUCGUAUCUCUCCGACGCAUAGUACUUCCGAAACGAAUCAAUUUAAGGAGGAGAUUAACUUAGGCGGAUCUCAACAUCCAUACAUAAACGUAAGUCCCGGACAAGAUCACAUAGACAAGAUUGCCGUCAGAACGCGUCCACCUCCAUUAUCCGUUGUACAAUUGGAUGACGAAGAAACUGUCAAGCAUUCUUACUACAACUUGCCAAGCGAGAUCUCGACUUUGAAGAAGAGAUUCUCCGGCGCAUCCGAAAAAUCGCCCUUGGCCUCCACGCCGACAGAAUGCUCGAGAGAUCCUGGAGAGAUGAAUUACGCGGUUUUAGAUCUGGAUACGAGGGGUUUACCUGGUACAUCCGAUAACAAUGCAAACCUGUCGCCAUCUCCUCCCGAAUCUCCAAAUAAGCCACAGAUAGGCUACGUCACGAUAGACUUUAACAAGACAUACGCUCUCUCGCAUUCCGCCAAUCGAAGGUUCGAGGAAGACGAGGAACACAAUAGACGACCUAGUGACGACUGCGCGUAAGCAAUUCAUCAAUAAGUGAGUGACAUAUUUUAUACUUCUUAUAAUGAGACAGAAUGACAGUCAUGUUUUGACAACAAGAGAAAUUGGGAAAGAUCGAUUUAGUUUCAUUAUAAGCUUUUGAAAGUCAUUAAACUCAUUUUACUCAUUUGAUGAACUCAUUACGCUUUAAACUUUCGACAUUUCUUAGCACACUGGAGGCUACUAGUUAAUAUACUAUGAGAUAUAUUUCUAGCAUAUUUGUAUACAAAUUUUCAGUGCAUUUUAUCAGAACAACAGUAUUCUUAAUAAAUAAUAAGUCUUUUUUCCAAGUCGAAAUAAGGCAGCAUAGAAAGAAAUGUUUUUAUAUAUAUGACACAUAUAGAUAAGUUUUUAGUACUUCACACACAGAUUUUUUACAUUUAGCAUUUUACAAAUUAAUAUUGGAGGAAUUGGAAGCUAAAGUGCCCUAAUCUUUUUCUGUAAAUAUCGUAGAGGUUAAUAUGGCUCAAAUGAUUGUAACAGAGACAAAGUAUGUGGUAUGAAAAUAUACGUAUAGAAAAUAUAUAUGAAUUUCACUGAGAUAACAGGACAUAAUAUAGUGAUUAAUUUUAAGUGAUUGCUGUUAUUAAUUAGUUAUUGUAUCCAUCGUGAAAAUAACUAAUAAUAACAAAGUGUAAAUUUAUAAUGAAUAUGAAUAUUUCUAUAACUAAGUAAUCACUUAAAAUAAGAUUGUAAGUGUGUCAUAUUCAAGUUUGAUACUUGUGAUGCUAAAAACUAAUGAUAUUAAAAACAAUACGUAGUUGAUGCAAGAAUUUAUUAUGCUCCAAAGAUUAUAUAUAUAUUAUAUAUAUUCAUUUUUAGUAAAAAUUUAUAUGCGAUAUAUUUAGCAUUAUUUAUCCAUUAAUAUAUUAAUGAUUCAAGUUCAUUUAGCCAACUAUACAAUGAAGGUUUAGUCAACUUUUUCUUCCAAUAGAGCUCUUAAUCAGUUGUAAUAAAAUGCUGCAAUACACAUCCAAGAUGUAAGUAAGCCUACAUCUUUUGUGGAUAUAAUAA